CCCCAUUAUUUUCUAGGCUACGAGAGGACCUCAGGAAUUUGUUUUGAUGCUUAGUUGCUGCACUUUCAUUUUUCGCAUCUCUUCUUCUCCUUCCUGCAUUCGUUGAGUAGUAGAGCCUUCGUGUUACUGGUAGACAGAAAUAUUACAAGACUCUGUCGCUAGACCAUGCACCACAUCAAAGAGUGGCCCAAUUCUCCUUUUUCUGACAUUUUUGAAGAAGUAGAUCCGUAGCAUUUUUAAUACAAGAAUCAAUUUCAUCGCUGCUGCUCCUGUGACUGAUUGUGUUGAUCGUAGAGCAGGGAAGUUGUAGAUCCAACAUCGCCUACAACUAACCAUGGUUGCGCCCGAUACUGGUACACAGCACCAACAGCAGCACAAAAUGGCACAGCAGCAGCAGCAGCAACAUACGAACAAUAUCCCGCCGCAGGGUUCCAUGCUCGCCAUGCACCAACAGCUAAAAGUCCAGACCUUCGGGGAUCCGAACGACCCGUAUGUGAUUAUCCAGGAGCUCGGUGGCGGCAUGCAGGCCCGGGUGUACAAGUGCAGGAAACAGAACCCGAACCCCGACGGAACGCCAAACACGCAGGAAUUUUUCGCCGUGAAGGUGGUGGAGCACAAGAGGACGCUGAACGACACGGAACGGGAGACGCAGGUCGCGCACCUGCUGAAGGAGGCGGAGAUCUUGAAAAACUUACACCAUCCGAAGAUCGUGAACUUAAAGCAAGUUCUUAGGGAUGACGAACACGUGUACUUGGUGAUGGAAUACGUGUCAAACGGCGAUCUGUUCGACAAAAUCGCGGAACGAAAAGGGUUGUCGGAGCCAGAGGCGAAAUACGUUUUUCAACAGAUUUUGGAGGCGCUGGGGUACAUGCACGGGCAGAAUGUGGUAUAAUAGAAAAUUUUUUGUUGGUUUUUGUCAUUUAUUUAUAGCGUUUGAUACAAUUGCACACUUAAGUAUGGCAGAACCAAAACAGCAACAGUAUGCUGGUACACAUUAGUGCAGCUGAAGAUUCGCGAUGAUUUUUGUGAUGUGGAGUCUCGCAUGAUUUUUGAAAUAAUUCCUGUUUGUCAUGCGAAAAUCAAAGAAUAACAAGAAGCGCAAAUGUAUUUGGAUCUACAUCUCCUAUCGCAACAAGAACCCCUACAUCAAUCACAGAUCCACCGCGAUUUGAAGCCGGAAAACAUUUUGGUUGGCAAGGAGGUGUCCGUGAAGGAGAACGACCAAUCUUUCACCUAUUUCGACGUCAAAGUCGCAGACUUCGGCUUGUCCAAAAUUGUUUCCGAAGACUCCGUGGCGAAAACCCACGUGGGGACGCCCUACUACUGGGCCCCGGAGCUGCUCCGGGCAUCCCAGAGCCAGCACAGGAAAAGGAACGAGGAUAACCCGCAGGGCGGCGGUCAGACGAAUAACGCGAGCCCGCGGACUGGUGCCGGGAAUAAAACGAAUAACUCCCCGAGGACCAAGCAGGAAAUAGAGAAGGAGCAUAUGCACUGCAAAAGUAUCGUACUAGUACAAAUCGCAAUACAAACUGGCUCAGCAUUACAAAUUAAAUUUGUAAUGCGGAUUUACCUAACCAACUAGAUUUGUAAUGCAUAACUGCGAUUACUACGAGUGCGAUGCUUUUGCACAGGAUAGAGCAAAAGCAGAAGCAAAAAAUCCAGAACGCGAUCAACGGGAACAACUAUCAAAUGUAAAAGUGUCUGGGUCUGGAAAUUUGUGAUGCUAAAAUGUGCAAGAGGAGGCCACUUGCUUAUGCAGGAAAGCAUGACAAGGUUGCAGCACGCUUUCUCAUACGAACUCCGCAUGAGAAACUGCGUUUUUGUAUGACAGAAGAGGCUACCACUGUUCUUGGUCAUGCAAUACAGAUUUCACAGGAAUGCAAGACCAGCAUUACAAGUUCCAACUUUCCAGACCCAGACAUUUUUACAUUUGAUAACAAUUCGGGGAAUACCAAUGGCGCGGGAAAUGAGGACACAAAAACGGACUUUGCGAUCAUCAGCACGGCGUCGGAGGACCAGGAUAAAGACGAGGACGAAAACAACUCAAAAUGGGAGGACGAAAAUAAGUACGACUCCCGCGUGGAUUUGUGGUCUUUAUCCCGUGUAAAAACGUCCCCACCCCAGAGUCAAGAUCGGGAUUUUGCAACACAAACCUAGACCUUUUGGGAGUCACGCAUGACAAGUUGCAGGCUGUACUGUAGUGCAGCUUAGCGAGGGAAGCCGCAUAACAAAUCCGUCUCCUGAUCCUGCUCACAGUAUUACAAGUUCCAAAACACGAUGAAAAAUGCCUCUUAUGGGGAUGCGCAUUACAAAUGCUCUUGUGCUUGCAAAUCUGCAUGACAACUCUGGGGUGGGGAUGUUUUUACAUAGGAUAGUCUUUGGGCGUGGUUUUGUACGUGAUGCUGAUGUAUCAAAUGUAAAAGUGUCUGGGUCUGGAAGAUUGCCAGGUUUGUCAUGCACAUUUUGCAUGACUCCUGAUAGUACCUGUGAUGCAUGCCCUAGCACCAUCGCAGAUUUUGCGAGGGCUUCCUGAUGCCGAUACCGCAUGACAAACGCUCUUUCCGUGUAGCGAAACUCGGACUCUCUUUGCUGCUCGUGCAAUACAGAUUUUUUUAAGAUCCAAUAUCAGGAUGACAAAUUGGAUUCUUCCAGACCCAGACACUUUUACAGUUGAUAUGAUGGGGCACUACCCGUUCAACAAGAAGCGCGCGAUGCCGUUGCUAUUAAAAGGAAAAGUCCCCCCUCCCUAUAUCGAAAAGGUAUCUUUCCGAAAAUUUGUGUUGCUGAUUUGAGGUCACAAAUCACAUUUCUCUUGCAAGAAGACAAGGGCAGAAGCUUCCGGCCCAUUAUGGAAGCGAUUUGUCAUGCUGUUGGGCCUAAAGGUCAGCCGUUUGCACUGCUGAGCAACUAGACCCAUACGCCCCUACCUGAAUGAGGAUCGAUCUGGCCGCAAUGCCUUCCUGCAAUACAAAUCUGAUUUGUGUACGCAAAUCCAGCAUCACAGAUUUCCUUUUUGAUAUGGGGAGGGGGGGUUUUUCCUUUUCAUAGUUGCACGACCAGAUUCUGGCGGGGUUGUCGUUGACGAAGCUGCAAUAUGAACUGCAAAAGUAUCGUACUAGUAUAAAUCGCAAUACAAAUUGGCUCAGCAUUACAAAUUGAAUUUCUCAUGCGGAUUUCCCUUAACACGCAGAUUUGUAAUGCAUAAUUGCAAUUACUACGAGUACGAUACUUUUGCACUGGAUAUGCAAUCGGAUAAAAAGACGAAACACCUGAGCGGUGAGGUGCAGCACCUGAUCGCAUCUUUACUAAUAUGCAUUGCAAAUAUGUCUAGAUCUGGAAGGUUGAAACUUGUCAUGCUAAAUCCGAAUCAAGCAACAAUCUGUGUUGCAUGACUGCCAAAAGCUGUCCACUUUCGACCAAGUUGGAGGGGAGUUUCUCAUGCAGGAUGGGCAUGACAGAGACCUCGCAGACUCUGUCAUGCUAGAUCCCGCAUUCCAGACCUCAUGGCUAAUGGAAAACCUGCAUUACAAGUUUAGACUCUUCCAGACCUCCCAGACACCUUUGCAGUUGAUAACUAACCGCCGACGCGGAUAAAAGGAUGACCUUGGAGGAAAUCUUCCGGCACCCGUGGUGCCACAUGGGCUCGGAGUAUUUGGCGAAGCGAAAACAUCCGGUGACCACACACAUCCCGCACAGAAUACCGAUCAGAUUCGAGAAAAUCCCGGAGGAGCGGUCAAUUACGCUAGGCGCAACCGACGAGGUCUUUGCGGACGCGAAUGAAGGCGACGGUGUAGGUGGAGUAGCUCCGGGAGGUUCUUCUUCGACGAAAGAACAGAAAUCUACUGCGACGAGUCCGAAAGGGACGACAAAUGACGCCGGAAAUAAUGUUGGAAAGGAAAAGAAGUUCGACCCGCCGGAACGAGGGCAAGAACCGAUCAUACAACCGACUACGGCACCAGCUGCAACUCUGGAAUCUGCCGCGGUCAAAGAGACCAGUACUGUAGUAGUCCAAGGUAGUUCGAAAGACGAAAUUGAGCUCGUUGAUAAGUCGGUGAAGUCCGACAGCUACGAUGAAGUUAUUUCCGCGCCGUUCCAGAAACGGUCAGACCAACCUCUGGACACUAACUCGCCAAGAAGCUGCAAUCGACAAGGCAACGCGACGCAUCACAGUUCAUCUGUGUCUCCGUCGAAAGGAGCUGCUGUGAGAGGCGGACAUCAGUUCAUCCGCCCGGGGGCCGGAAAUGUCGUUGCGCCGACGGAGAUUCAGAUCAACGAGGCCACUUCGACAGCGGUCUUAGCCGCCGCCGGUGGGGAGAAGCGACUGUCGCCCACGAUGAAUUCGCGUGGGGGAAACAACAACUCGCCCAACAAACUACACAACACCAUGCAGCCAGUGACGGUGCAUACCACAACCUACCCCAUGUCUGCUGGUACUAUCACUGGAGCGGCGGUUGUGGCUGGAGGGCCGCACGACUCGCAGUUAUCAAAUGCAAAAAUGUCUGGCUCUGGGUCUGGAAGAGUCAUGCUGUUUUUGCAUGACACAGAAGGUCUGGCAUGGAAGAUCUAGCAUUACAGGUUUCGAGAAGCUUCCGCGAUGCCGAAUUUGCAUGACAAAUCCUCCAUUUUCAUGGGAGAAAGUGGGCAGCUUUUGCUACCUAUGCAUGAGAGAUUUUUCUGUCUUCUGAAAUGCGCAUCACAAGUUUGUAUGUCGGUGCGGUUGUUUUAGCAAUGUCGGUGCGGUUGUUUUAGCAUCACAAGUUUGUAUUCUUCCAGACCCAGACAUAUUUGCAAUCCAUAGCAGUACGCAAACGACUAUUACUUCCAAGAACUACUCCAUUUACAGGCGACGAUUGCGAAGUGUCUCGAGUCGGCCUAUUUGGCGUACAGGGGGGCGAACCUGUCCGAUGAAUCUUCCAUCGUGACAACGACAACAAAUUCGACCUCCAAUGUGCCCACCAUCAACACGGUGGUGUCCACCGACACUUCGGACGUUUUACUCUCCAAGCACCUCCAGACGCAAAACACGGGCACCACGGGGGCAACAGCAACUACAUCUGCAGUUUCCGCGACGGAGUCUCUUCUCGUCCAGCCGGCUUCUUCCGCCCAGCAUCAUCAAGUCGCAACUACGGGACCCGCCACAACGUCUAUGAACCAGACCCAAGCUAAUAUGGUGACAACCUCUAUCCUGUGCAAAAGUAUCGUACUCGUACUAAUUGCUAUCAUGCAUGACAAACAUCCAUUUUUAGGUGAAUCAGCAUUACAAACAAGGUCCGAGCACGGGGACAGAGUCCCCGUGCGGCGACCUUCCGGCAUUUGUCUGCGCGGUGGCACUGGGCAGGCAGGUCGCUCGCAGCUAGGUAAUUCGUUGCGCUUUGCAUUCAAUGACCCGCGACGGGGGGGCCUCCUGCGGACGCGGCUCCCCUGCUUGCGCGCACUAGAUUCAUUAGCCUGCCGCGCGCAAAGAUAAAAAGAAAAGAAGAAACUGACGCCGGGUCUGCAGCCGGCCCCCAGGUUAUGGCGCUGCGACAGAGUCCCCACAUUGCCCUAGGGCUUUUCUCUGCCCCCUCCUUGGCCGCGCGGUGUGGUUAACGGGGAGCGCUAACAGCUGGCCCCUAGGCCAUGACGCGGGGACCGAGUCCCCGCGCUGGCCUAGGGCUUUCGCCCCUCGGCCGCACGGUGUCCGGGAAGCGCCCACAGCUGGCCCCUAGGCCAUGACGCGGGGACCGAGUCCCCGCGCUGGCCUAGGGCUUUCACGCCUCGGCCGCACGGUGUCCGGGAAGCGCUCACUGCUGGCCCCUAGGCCAUGACGCGGGGACCGAGUCCCCGCGCUGGCCUAGGGCUUUCGCCCCUUGGCCGCACGGUGUCCGCGAGCGAAGCGCUCACAGCUGGCCCCUAGGCCAUGACGCGGGGACCGAGUCCCCGCGCUGGCCCAGGGCCUUCGCCCCUUGGCCGCACGGUGUCCGGGAAGCGCCUGCAGCUGGCCCCUAGGCCAUGACGCGGGGACCGAGUCCCCGCGCUGGCCUAGGGCCUUCGCCCCCUGGCCGCACGGUGUCCGGGAAGCGCGCAAAGCUGGCCCCUAGGCCAUGACGCGGGGACCGAGUCCCCGCGCUGGCCUAGGGCCCUCGCCCCUUGGCCACACGUUGACCGGGGAGCGCGCACAGCUGGCCCCUAGGCCAUGACGCGGGGACCGAGUCCCCGCGCUGGCCGAGGGCUUUCGCCCCUUGGCCACACGUUGACCGGGGAGCGCGCACAGCUGGCCCCUAGGCCAUGACGCGGGGACCGAGUCCCCGCGCUGGCCUAGGGCUUUCGCCCCUUGGCCACACGUUGACCGGGGAGCGCGCACAGCUGGCCCCUAGGCCAUGACGCGGGGACCGAGUCCCCGCGCUGGCCUAGGGCUUUCGCCCCUUGGCCACACGUUGACCGGGGAGCGCGCACAGCUGGCCCCUAGGCCAUGACGCGGGGACCGAGUCCCCGCGCUGGCCUAGGGCUUUCGCCCCUUGGCCGCACGUUGGCCGGGGAGCGCUCACAGCUGGCCCCUAGGCCAUGACGCGGGGACCGAGUCCCCGCGCUGGCCCAGGGCUUUCGCCCCUUGACCGCACGGCGUCCGGGACGGAAAUGGUCACAGUUGGCACCUAGGUCAUGGCGCGGGGACAUAGUCCCCGCGCUCACCUAGGGCUUUCGAUCGCCCCUCGGCCGCACCGUCUCGCGUGACAGCUUGGGCUUUGGGUCCAAACCCCACAUAGCAAAGUCCGAAAGUUUGGCUGGGGUGUGUCCGAGAGUCUGCCCGGGGUGUGUCCAAAAGUCUGCCCUGGGUGUGUCCGGGGUGUGUCUGGGGUAUGUUCGGACUUUUUGCCUGGGGUAUGUUCGGGGGUCUGUCUGGGGUAUGUCUGGGGUGUGUCUGGGGUGUGUCUGGGGUAUGUUUAUACCCCACCUGUUGGCUUUUCGGCAAAAAAUUGUAGUCCGCCCGUGAUUGAGGAGCAUUUGCAUACCCCUGACACACCCCCGAACAUACCCCCGAACAUACCCCUCGCAUGCAUUUUUGACCAGCUGCUGCAGUUUAGAUAGUAAUUGCAUUUUAUUUCCUUUUGAAAAAAUUUGUGAUGCAAUUUAUACUAGUACGAUAUUUUUGCAAUGCAUAACCUCGGAAAGACAGCAAAUUCUGACGAAGCUGCGGAAUUUGUCGCAAAAGUGCUUCCAGGUGACGGCCCACCAGGCUUAUGACUGCGUGGCGCAGUUUGGUGCGACGGCGAGGCGUAUCAAAUGCAAAUAUGUUGGGGUCUGGAAGGUCGCAACUUGUCAUGCUGUGUUUGUAUUCUAGGGAAAUUUGUAUUACAUGACCAGAACUACAAAGAGGGGUCCAGUUUGUGUUGCAACGCGGACAGGGCAUUUCUCAUGCAAAAGGCGCAUCAUUCAGGAAAGGUCCUAAGAUAAAUCUGUGAUGCUAGAGCAUACAUCACAGACAACCAUGGGUCAUGAGAAAUAUGCAUGACAAGUCUUGCAUUCAUCUUCCAGACCCUGACACAUUUGCAGUUCAUAAGGCGGGUACGGGAAGACGUGUUGCCCGACAUGCAGCUCGCGAUCGAAGAGGACGCGCCGGAGCUCGCGCAGGGCUUUCUGGAGACGAUAAACCAGUGGGUGUCGGAGAUGAAGGACAUGAACACGAACAUCGAGGACAGCUACAAGAUGAUCAGCGAAGAAAUCCGAAUUUUAAUCGACUCGACUUCCGUUUUAAAAAAAGCGGUGGACGAGGAGAUUUCGCAAGCGAACUUGAAUUUGAAGCAAAUUGCGGCGAGUUCCGGCGCUGUGGUACCAGCGAGUAUCACGACGCUGAAGGCUGGAGCGGUUGUAGCAACGAGUGGUGGCGCGAGCGGGUCUAGUACUGCUUUGGCGCGGACCAGUUCGAUCCCGGGUGCGACGACGACGACUUUAACGGCCGCGACCACGCCGACGGUGAAUAAUGCCACUUCAAGUAGCGCCAUGUCUACUUCAAACAAGAAUCAUGGAAGUAGAUCAUCGUCGAACAACUGCUCGCCUGCCGACCACAUUCCGGAUUUGCAGGACGCGAGGGCCGUGGUGCCGGUGACAAGGAUAUGAACUGCAAAUAUGUUUGGGUCUGGAAUAAACUUGUGAUGCUAGUUUCUGAAUGGUGGGCGCACUGCGUUACGCAGCCACGCAUGAUAAGUUUCUGAGCUUCUAUGUCUUUCGCUUCCCGCAUGACAAACUGCGUUUUUGCAUGACAGGUAAGCGGCUGGUUUCCUGCUCAUGCAUUACAGAUUCAAGAGCCAUGUGAGACAAGCAUGACAAACCUGCAUUCUUCCAUACCCAGACAUAUUUGCACUUGAUAGAGGACGCUCUCGCCCACGACCACCGCGCUGAUCGCGAACGGGGCAGCAGCAGCGGCGAUCGACAUAUCAAAUGCAAAUAUGUCUGGGUCUGGAAAGGUGGAACUUGUAAUGCGUGUCUUGCUUACCUGAAAAAUCUGUGUUGCAUGAGCAGAAAACGGGCUGCUUCCCUUUUCAUGCAAAAAGAAAUAACACAGCUUGUAAUGCUUGUUACGCAUCAGAAGGCGCUUCGGAAGCUUGUCAUGCCUCGCUGCCAUUGCAAGCGUUGCAAUCAUGCGCAAUUCAGCAUCACAGAUUUCCAGACCCAAACAUAUUUGCAUUUGAUACGACACCGAGGUUUACAAGAACUUGUACCAGAAAAUCCUGCGCGUAGUGAAUAUGGACCAGAACAUAUGAGCGUGCACAACUCCCCGUCCCCCUCAUUUGUCAUGCAUUUUACCCAAGCCACCCCUUACCUCUUGGCACUGUGUGCAUGGCAAGUUCUGGUAGCCCAAAUAGCACUAUACUCCAAUAAAAAUUUGUCAUGCAGAACCGGCAUUCUUGCUGAUGCUUGUGUUGCUGUUCAUGCAACACAAAUGAAGAUGGGGAGGGGGAGUUGUGAACUGUUAUAGAACAGCUACGGUGUCGUAAAUAACAGCGGUGUCGUCGGCCCGAAUUCGGUUACAGGUGUAUCAAAUGCAAAAAUGUCUGGGUCUGGAAGAAUGCGCGAUUUGUCAUGCUGCUUUUCCAUGACCCAUGGGGUCUGGAAUGCAGGACCUAGCAUGACAGAUUCUAUGCGAUGAUCUCUCUCAAGCCUAUCCUGCAUGAGAAAGUCCCUCCCGACUUGUUCAAAACUGGACGACUUUUGGUAAUCAUGCAACACAGAUUUUUGCAUGCUUCAGAUUUAGCAUGACAAGUUGCAAUCUUUUCAGACCCAGACAUUUUUACAUUUUAUAAGGUGCUCAGAUGAACCACCAGCAACUGAUCGAGCAGUACGAGCAGGUAGACGCGCAGGUGAUUGACUUGCUAUUUUUCACGCCCAACAACAUCAUUUCUUCCUCCCAGUUCUCGAGCAGUGGCGGGGGGAACAGCAAUGCUGGGAGCAGCAGCUCCGAGGAAGACAGUGUGGCUCAUCACCACGGGACGACCACAGCCACGAGGUGCCUGUUUCAUCAUCACCAGGGCAGUACGAGUAGCGGGCCGCUUCGGUAUCAAAUGCAAAAGUGUCUGGGUCUGGAAGGCUGCAAGUUUGUCAUGCACAUUUUGAAUGACUCUUGACGUCUGUGAUGCAUGCUCUAGCAUCACAGAUUUUGUGAGGGCUUCCUGAUGCCUAUACCGCAUGAUAAAUGCCCUCUCGUCGUGGCAAAAACUGGACCUCUUUUGCUGUUCAUGCAAUACAGAUUUUUCUAGUGUCCAAAUGCAGCAUCACAAGUUACAUCCUUCCAGACAUCCAGGGAUAUUUGCAAUCCAUAUUCGGGGAACCAUGACGAUUGAAGAAGUGAAAUCCAAUACGGGGAUCGCGAGCUCCUUCGGAACCAGCACUGGGGUAUCAAAUGUAAAAAUGUCUGGGUCUGGAAGAGUCCGAACUUGUGAUGCUACCUUUGGACUCUACAUAAAAUCUGUAUUGCACGAACAGCAAAAGAGGUAUAAUUUGUGCUACGCGGAGAGGGCAUUUCUCAUGCGGUAUGAGCAUCAGAUUCAGAAAGCCCUCGCAAAAUCUCUGAUGCUAGGGCAUGCAUCACAGACCUCCUGGGGCAUGCAAAAUAUGCAUGACAAACUCCUGCACUCUUCCAGACCCAGACACUUUUGCAAUCCAUAACGGGGUGGGAUGAAUAACAAUGGAGUUGGAACAAGUGCCUCCUCCACGCACGACAGCUCGGCAACCACUUCUGGGAACGAAGAUCUUCACGAGAACAAAGAAGUGGACCACGAUCAGCAUGAGCCGUCGCCAACGAGCAACACAAAAAUUGCGGUCUACAUGGGAGGCAAUAGUACUACACAGAAUAUUACUACUGGCACCACCACUGUAACUACAGGAGCCACUGCGUCCUCCUCCCGAGGAGGGGUCGGCUCCUGUGCUGUCAACCCGAGUAGUACCAGCAAGCAUUUGUUUCAAACCACGCACCAACAGCGUAUCCGGCACCAAUCCGCCAUUGCCCUGAUGCGGGCGGUUUCUGCGCUGCGCAAAGUGGACGAAAUUCUGCAGAAGUCGACCAUGUUUUGGUCUCAUUUAGGCCUGACCACGGGACAAGUGUCUCAAAUGAAAGACACGCUCACGCUGUGGAUCAAGUACGCCAGCAGCAUAUGAAAUGCAAAUAUGGCUGGGUCUGGAAACUUGUGAUGCUGGUUGGCGAAUCAAGAGAACGCCAGAAAUGACGGCUCAGCAUGACAGGUUUUUGAGUCGCUUGGUGUUGCCUAUUCUGCAUGAGAAACUGGGUUUUCGCAUGACACAAAAGUCGUGGCGCUUUUGGCUACCUGGCAUGACAGAAUUGACAGUCAUGCUAGCAGAGCAUGACAAACCCGGCAUUUUUCCAGACCCAGACAUAUUUGCAAUGCAUACAGCAACGAAAAGCUCCGGAAACGACUGCACGAGCGGCUGGAACAGUAUCGCAUGUUCUGGCUCGAUAUCCUGUGCAAAGGUAUCGUACUCGUAUAGAUGCAAGUCUUGCAUUACAAAUCUUGUUCCCAAGGCAAAUCCGCAUUACAAAUUUUAGUUCUCAUGCGGAGGAAAUUUGUAAUGCAUUUAUACGAGUGCGAUACUUUUGCAAUUCAUACUCGAGUUUGAGCGUUGCAGCGUGCUGUAUUGCGACGAGCUGCGAAAGGGGAGCAACCGCAUGUUCGCGUUCUUGCUACAGAUGGAGACCAGGGUAUGGAGAGAAAAAAGUUUGUCACAGUCACUAACUUGCAGGUUUUGCAUUACAAAUUUUCUCAGCAUAAAAUUUCCUUGUAUUGCAGAAACACUAGGGAAAUCCGUAACGAAGUUUGGCUGUGAUGCAUUUUUACGCAUGACAAACAAUUUUGUAUUGCAAGAAUGCGCAUGAGUGAUCGUGACGAACUUUUUUUCUUUGAUACAGGGCGGACGCGCUAGACACGGUGAAAAACAUGAUGGGGUAG